GAAGCGUUUCAUGCACCGUCCUGUGCACUAGCAAGCAUCGAAGCCUUACAUUCAGGUGCUCCUUGAUUCGCCAUUAACUAAGCUCUCAAUGGCCGCCGCAACCACCAACGCCAUCGCCGCCGCGAAGCCCAAGCUCUUAACCGACCUGGCGGCAUCCUUGAGCCACGUACCCUCCAAUUUCAUCAGGCCCGACAGCGACCGUCCAAAUUUUCAAGACGUUGAAUCCUCCGACGGUUACUCAAUUCCUCUCAUCGACCUCCGAGAUCUCGAUGGUCCCAACCGCUCUCUCACCAUCCGCAAGAUCGGCGACGCUUGCCUGAACUACGGCUUCUUUCAGGUCAUGAACCACGGAGUUCCCGCGGAAGUGGUUGAGAAGAUGGUGAGUGUGUCAAGGGAAUUCUUCCGUUUACCAGAGAGCGAGAGAAUGAAGAACUACUCCGACGAUCCUACGAAGACGACGAGGCUGUCCACCAGUUUCAACGUGAAGACGGAGAAAGUUUCAAACUGGAGAGACUUCUUGAGGCUUCACUGUUAUCCUCUUGAGGAUUACAUCAAUGAGUGGCCGACCAACCCUUCCUAUUUCAGAGAAGAUGCGGGUGGGUACUGCAGAAAAAUGGGGGAGUUAUCGCUGAGAUUGCUGGAGGCGAUAUCAGAGAGCUUGGGGAUAGAGAAGGAUUACAUAAACAAGGCGUUGGGGCAGCACGGGCAGCACAUGGCACUAAACUAUUAUCCGCCUUGUCCAGAGCCGGAGCUGACGUAUGGGCUGCCCAGCCAUGCUGAUCCAAACGUCAUUACACUUCUUCUGCAAGACGACGUCCCGGGAUUACAGGUCCUCAAGGACGGCAAGUGGCUCGCCGUUAAUCCUAUUCCCAACACCUUCACCGUCAAUAUCGGCGACCAAAUUCAGGUGAUAAGCAACGGCAGGUACAAGAGUGUGUUGCAUCGAGCAGUUGUGAACAGCGAGAAGGAGAGGAUGUCCAUCCCAACUUUCUACUGCCCAUCACAGGACGCUGUGAUUGGUCCAGCCCCCGACCUCAUAGACCCUCAUCAUCCUGCGCUCUACAGGAACUUCACCUACAGCGAGUACUACCUCAAAUUCUGGAACAGAGGCCUCUCCAAAGAAACCUGUCUCGACUUGUUUAAGGCCGAUUCACCCCAUCACCAUGGUUGAACUGUAUAUGUUCCUAAUUUUUAAUUAAUUCCCGACUUGUAGGUCCCUUUAAUCCAUAUAUGUAUUUAUGUGCUUGUUCUUCAUGCAUGCUUAAUGAAUUUAAUUUCUUGUUGAA